UAAUGGGUUAUCAUCGCUAGGAAAACAAAUAUGGCGGAACGCGAACGCAAGGAAAAAUAAAAAAAUUAACUAAAUCGCAAUCGCAAGCCUUAUCCAAACCCGUAUAAUGCAAAUUUGUUGAGCGUUAAUUAAUUAAUAGCUCCCUCAGUGCGGUGUCUCAUGUGUGUUUAUGUGGUCGUGCGGUGCUGCGAUGCUAUUUGUAGAGUCAACACAAAUACAAAUUUGUUAUUACGUGACCUCGAGAACGCCGCUAAAAUUGAAUUACACCGAGCCGUGGCAAAAAGAAUUAUUUUUCCGUAAAACGAACAGCUCGACAGCAAAUGCAACACUGCGUGUACGUACUGCGUCACAGAUGCAGUUGAACUAAAUAAAAACGUUAAAGUGAAACAAAAAAUAAAAACAGAGUAGAAAAAAACGUAAAUAAAACUAAAGCAACCGCAAAAAUGUCUGGCGGACGCGAAAGCAGCGCCAGCGCUAGCAGCGGCAAUGGCAGUAACGGCAACAGCGCUGCUAACUCCAGCGGCACGCCGCAAACGCCGACGCAACAGCGGGCCCGCGGUCGUCCAGCAAAGCGAGCGACUUGCACUUGGUGUGCCGAGGGCAAGCUGCCUCUGCAGUACGUCCUACCUACACAGACAGGAAAGAAGGAAUUCUGCUCCGAGACGUGCAUCGCCGAGUUCCGCAAAGCGUACAGCAAGGGGGCGUGCACGCAGUGCGAUAACGUGAUACGCGAGGGGGCGCCCAAUAAGGAAUUUUGUUCCAUGAUGUGUAUGAACAAGCAUCAAAAGAAGAAUGGCUCGACGCGGCACAGCAGCGCCGGCGCUGCUGGCAUUGCCGGUGGCGUUGAUGGCGAUCGCAAAUUGCUAAGCAGCGGAGCGCCAGCGCCCACAGGCCCCUUCCAAUACGAGAGCUUCCAUGUGUUCGAUUGGGAGGCCUACUUGGAGGAGACGGGCAGCGAUGCAGCACCAGCGGAGUGCUUCAAACAGGCGCUGAAUCCUCCAAACAACGACUUCAAGAUUGGCAUGAAGCUAGAGGCACUAGAUCCACGCAACGUCACCUCCACCUGCAUUGCAACGGUGGUGGGCGUGUUAGGCUCACGACUGCGUUUGCGUCUGGAUGGAAGCGAUUCACAAAACGAUUUCUGGCGCUUGGUCGACUCUACCGAGAUUCAUGCGAUCGGGCACUGCGAGAAGAAUGGCGGCAUGCUCCAGCCACCGCUUGGUUUUCGUAUGAAUGCAUCGAGCUGGCCCGGCUACCUCUGUAAGAUACUCAACAAUGCAAUGGUCGCACCCGAGGAGAUAUUUCAGCCGGAGCCGCCAACACCGACAGAGAAUCUUUUUAAAGUUGGGCAGAAAUUGGAAGCGGUCGACAAAAAGAAUCCCCAACUGAUUUGCUGUGCAACAGUUGAUGCCAUCAAAGACGACCAGAUCCAUGUCACCUUUGAUGGAUGGCGUGGCGCCUUCGACUAUUGGUGUAAUUAUCGCUCACGUGACAUUUUUCCCGCUGGUUGGUGCGCUCGCAGUUGCCAUCCAAUGCAGCCGCCGGGGCACAAAUCGCGCAUGGAUUCCAGCUCAGGAAAACAGCGUUGUCCACGUCCCAGAUACACCGUUGUGGCCGAAUCGGAUGCCAUGGUGGCUGCCUCGCCAGUAACUGCGCAUUUUCACACCAAUUGCAAGGGAGGGCCGUUUAUUAACGGCUCCAAGCUUCCAUCUAUGGUGACGGGACCCACGCAUCAGACGCUCGCUAAGCUUUGCCUGCAGGAGGUGUUAGCCGCUAGCACAGAUACCCAGCAGCUUUCCAAGCUGCUCUUUGCUCUUGAUGGCGAUGUACACAUUGUGACUGCAGCUGGAAAAAAUUUCACAGUUAAAAUACCCUCGCCGCUGCGAAUGAAGGAUGAUGAGAGCCUGGCGCUGUUCAUAGAGACGCUGUGCACCACAUGCCGGGCAUGUGCGAACCUAAUCUCGUUAGUGCCGGAGACCGAGGAGUGCAAGAAGUGUGCACACAGUCGCAAGCGUCAGCUGGCGCAGACUGCAACGCCUCCAUCAUCGCCCGUGCUUGCCGAGAAACGAGGUCGUCAAUCUAAAUCCGCCACACCUACGCCCGCGCCUACAUCGCCCGCCGAGAAGCCGCUAAUUAUCAAGCAAGAGGCGGGCGUCAAACCACAACCACAGCAGCAGCCCGCUAGCAAAACGAAUACAAACACCACCAAGGAGCCAGUUAAUCACAAAAACAACAACAAUAUUAAUAAUAAUAAUAAUACUAACAAUAACAACAACAAUAGCAACAGCAAUAAUGUGAGCAGUGGUAAACUGACCAUCAAAAUGGAGCCAAAUGGUGUGUCAGCGACACCCGCAACGCAAUCACAAUCACACUCGCAGUCUCAAAGCCAGGCGCAAGCGCUUCGGAAGGUGCGUUUUCAGCAUCACAACAACAAUGGCAACAACCAGCAGGAGACAGGCUCAACCGGCAGCAACAGCACCAAUAACAGCUCUUCUUCUUCCAACUCCAGCAGCAGCAGUAGCUGCAGCGGCAGCUUAGCCGGUGGCACAUCAAAUGCCAAAUAUUUAGCGCCUCUUGUUGCCGAGGUACAUCCAGAGCAGCUGAGCGCUAAACCACCAAGCAGCUAUUAUAAAUCUCCGACGACAUUAUCAUCGAGCGCCUCAUUUCCCUCGUCGGUAUCCACGCCUUUUACCGCUGCACAGUCUGCCUGCCCAGCGGCACCGGCUGCCAGUGCCGCCAAAGCAGCAACAGCACCCGUGGCGACAGCAGCUGCAUCGAGCAACUAUACGGGCAUAGCCAUUACCUCACCACUGAGCACACCCACAUCUGUAUCGGCUACGUGUUCGCAUCUGCGGGCACAGCCCAUCGACUGGUCCAUCGAGGAGGUCAUUCAGUAUAUCGAGAGCAAUGACAACUCGCUGGCAGUGCACGGUGAUCUCUUUAGAAAGCAUGAAAUCGAUGGCAAAGCGCUGCUGUUACUUAACUCGGAAAUGAUGAUGAAGUAUAUGGGCCUGAAGCUGGGGCCAGCCUUAAAAAUAUGCAAUCUAGUUAAUAAGGUCAACGGACGCAGGAAUAAUAUGGCUUUGUAAAUGGACACGGAUAUUAAGGAUUUAUGGAUAUGGCUAUGGAUAUGAAACAAUAUAAAGGGAUCGAAGCCAUCGCCGAAGUGUUAA